AUGGAAAAGUACAAAGUGCUAGAAAUAGAAGGGGGAUCAAAAAGCAAGUGCUAAAAAUAGAACCUUGCAAAGAAAGAAGAGGGAGGAAAAAAGGCAGUGUGAAAAUUAGAGCGAGGAUAAAAAAGCAAGAGCUACAAAUCAAAGCUGCUGAAAAUAUCAAGACUCAAAAAUAAAAAGGAUUAAGAGAAGAACAUGAGCUAAAAAUAGAAUAGGGUAGCAGAUAGGAGGAUAAAAAUAGAAACUAGUAAAAAUAGAAAUUACAAAAAACUCCUAAUUUAGCUAUUUUUAUUUUUAGCACUUGCUAUGUUUGACCCCUUUUUAUUUUCAGCCCUUGCUAUUUUUUACCCUUUCUAUUUUUAGUUCUUGUUGUUUUGUAUCUCUAUCUAUUUUCAACCCUUGUGAACUUUUUACAAUUUUCUUAUAUUUAUCCGCUUUCUAUUUUAACCUCUUGUUGUUUCUUUCUACAUCUUUCUAUUUUUAGUACUUUCUUCUUUUAUACCAUUUCAUGUGAUGUAGCCCAAGACACAAACUGAAGUUUCAACUUCGAAUUUGGGCCCACUUAUCCUAAAUUUAGGCUAUACAAUGAAAAGUGCUAAAAAGAGAGCCCACAUAUGUUACUAGUGGACUAGAGGUCUGAAAAGUAAUAUUUAUUUUCUAGAAGGGGGUUUAAUAUGGUUCAGUCUAUACCUAAGAUCUAUUUAAGAUCUCAAACAAUCAAAGUCUAUACUUAAGAUUUAUUCAAUAUAUCUACCUAUUAGAUUUUAUUUCAAGUCAUUUUAGAGUUAGUUAGAGAUUUUUAGAAGAUUUGUCCAAGAUCUAAUUUGUUUUAAAAUUUACUUUAAGUUAUUUCAUAGCUAAUUAAACUCUAUCCCUAUGAUCUAUCAAAAUCCUCCUUUUGGGAGCACCCCACCUCAUUUCUAGGCUUAUAUAAAAGCUCUUAUUGUAACUUGAGAUUCUCACUUUUGAGUUGAAUCAGUUUUCUCUACUAUAAGAACCUUUCCCUCUUACUUGUGGAUUCAGGCACCUCCUUGUGGAUUCAAGAGUUGAAGACCUCGAAUUUGUGGAUUCAGAUGUUAGUUUCUUCCCCAAGAUUAGGGUUUUGUGGAUUCAAGCCCAAAACUUAUUUAUCUUUUGGGUUACUAUUGUGUCAUGUUACAAUAUUGAAUACAUUGAGUCAUAAGAUUUUAACUAAUUCUUAUCCCCAAUCAUUAGAGGAAGACCAAAUAGAUUAGUUAUUAAAAGUAAAUAAAAGUCUUAAGGUUGAAAAUAUAAUAGCAUAAAAUUUGAGUAAGAUCAUUUAUUGCUCGUAGUUGAUGAAUGAAGAUAGUGAGGAUGAUGAGGAGGAAUAAUUGUUAAAUGAAGAAUUAGUACCUAAUUAUGAAAGAAUUAUUCAAAUUUAUCAGAAGUAAUGGCAAAAAUAAAGAAAAAUAGAAAUUUAGAGAGGAAAAAUCAGCUGAUUUUGGAGAUGUAAGAGAUAAAAUUAUUAAAUCUAAUCAAUAUUUUGCAGCAAUAGACUUUAAUAGUGAUGAUGAUGAUGCAUAUUGAUGUGCACUUAUCAUUGUGUUUAAAUCUCCAUUAUCUAAUAUUAGUAUAGAAGUAAUUUUUAGGUCAAACACAAGGAGAUUGAUUAAUUCAUCAUUAAAACUAAUUUAGUUUAUAUACAAAGUGAUUUUAAUAUCGUAUUAAUAUUUAACAGAAAUAAUAAAAUAAAAGGGUGAGGUGAUAAGAAUAAAGGAAAGGAAGUAGAAAAAGAAAAGAGAAGAGAGAGCUCUCACGAAGGACAAGAGAAGAGAUCUCUCACAAAAGAGAGAGAAAGAGAGAAGAGGAAAUCUCACAUGAGAUAGAGAGAGAGAGGGAGAUUAAUCAAGAGAGAGAAAGAAAAGGAGAUCGAUCAAGAGAGGGGGAGAGAAGGAGAACAAUCAAGAGAGAGGGAGAGAAAGGGAGAGAUCUCACGAGAGACGAAGAGAGAAGAAGAGGUCUCACAAGAGAGAGAGGAAAAGAAAUAAGAUGAUAAUAAAGAAAGAGAGAAAUACGGUCGACUCAUUUUCACUGUGACCAUUAUUCUCGAACGAAUAUGUGUUUAAGAAUUCACACACAUGACAUGAGGUCAGCUGUGAAUCUCUCCAAUUUAUUUUAACCAUUGAAUACUCAUUAAUCAGCCUCCUCCCUAGGCUUAGGCAACCUCUCUAA